GUCCAUUCACAGCAUUAGUAUAACAUGAAGGCUGGAUCUUGCUAGUUCUCCGGACGACUUUUCUCCUACUGCAGAAGAAAAGACUAACAGACAAACCUGGGUGCAGCCAGAAAGGUCCAGAUAGAGGAGUUUAUGGCAUCCAUUCCCUAAACUCAGGGACUACACAUACCUCAGCUGAGUCUUACUGUUGCUGCGCUGCAUUAGUUAAAAUUACUCAAACUUGGUUUUCAAAGAAAUACUUUUCACUAUUCCCAUCUGUCACACCAAGUAAUUGGGGCCAGCUGGAUGUCAGAAUGCACGUGUCUACCGUCAUAACCCUGCUCUUCUUUUGUAAUGCAGCUGAGCUCCACAAAGCCAGUCCUGAGGGAUCAGGUAGUCGAACAAAUCAUGGCAGGGCAGGUAGGAGUCAAAGAGGCUCCAGUCUACUCAAAAGGAACACAUCAGUCCUACCCUGUAAAGUGCACACAUAUCUUCAUGAGAAGUAUUUAGACUGUCAAGAAAAAAAUCUAGUUAAUGUGCUGCCUGGCUGGCCUCAGGAUUUGCAGCAAAUGCUAUUAGCAAAAAACAAGAUUCGUGUCUUGAAGAACAACACGUUCUUGGCAUAUCAGAGGCUGAAAAUCCUGGAUCUGCAACGUAAUGAGAUUUCCAAAAUUGAGAACGGGGCUUUCUUUGGCCUAAAUGACCUUACCACACUACUACUGCAACACAACCAGAUCAAGACUUUGAAGGAGGGUGUGUUCGCUUAUACCCCUACCCUGGUCAGCCUGCGUCUCUAUGACAAUCCCUGGGACUGUACUUGUAAGAUGAAGACAUUUAUUUCCAUGCUACAAAUUCCGAGGAACAACAAUAUGGGGAACUAUGCCAAGUGUGAAAGCCCACAGAAACUAAAAAAUCAAAGACUGCGGCAGAUAAAACCUGAAGAGCUGUGCAGAGAAAAAGUAAAGGGACAGCUGGAUCCCAAACUCCAAUUAACAGGGAACCUUACAGUCACCCAGCCUGAAGUGAACUAUACUCUUUGCAACCAUUCUGUGUUUCCCACAGAAAUGCUGGACUGCAAAAGAAAAGAGUUGAAGAAAGUUCCAAACAACAUCCCUCCAAACAUUGUUACACUUGACUUGUCGUACAAUAAAAUCAGCCAGCUUGGACCCAAGGACUUUAAAGAUGUUUAUAAGCUAAAGAAUUUAAACCUCAGAAGCAAUGCCAUUGAAUAUAUAGAUCCUGCUGCUUUUCUAGGACUUACACAUUUAGAAGAGUUAGAUUUAUCAAACAACAGUCUGCAUAACAUUGAGUAUGGGGUGUUAGAAGACUUAUAUAUUUUGAAACUGUUUGGGCUCAGAGAUAACCCCUGGAGAUGUGACUAUGACAUCCACUACCUCUUCUACUGGUUAAAACACCACUACAAUGUCUACCAUAAUGGCCUGGAAUGCAAAUUCCCUGAAGAAUACAAAGGGUGCUCUGUAGGAAAGUAUAUUCGGAAUUACUUUGAAGAAUGCCCCAGAGACAAACUACCAGAGCCUCCUGGCUCCUCAGAAGAAUAUGAAGAAACAAAAGAUGAUGUUAACCAGGAAACAAAAGAUGAUGAAAGAGAAAAAACACACAGUGACCACACAACAAAGAAGCUAGGUGUAAGAGUUAUCUUCAUAGGAUAACUCACAAGAAAUUCUCCUGGUUCCUACUUGUUUUGUAUUUGUUAGACUGAUGUCAGAAAACUGUAUGUUUACAUUUUGAUUAACUGUAUUGCCUAUUUAUGCAGGGUUAUCAACCAAAGGAAGGUUUCUUUAAUUAUUUUUUUUAUUAUUGUGAUGACUAUAGUAAUUGAAUGGAUACUUUCAUCUUUUUUGGCUGUUUGUAGAACAGCCUUUGGUGACAAUUCCACACUGGUAAUCUACGGGUCCUAAAUGUGUCCUAGUCAUGGCAUGUCUUGUAUAAAAAUUUUUACUGCUUUUUGAAAAUAAUAAUAAAAACUUGGUUAAAUUUU